CGGCAGUGCAGCGAGUGACUGACGCCAAGGAGACGACCAAGGAGGAGAGGCCACCGCUGACACCCGAGAUUGAUAAAUCGUCAGCUGGUUGGCCACAAUGCAGUCCAUAGCCCCGAUACUCGACAUGGCCGACAGGGUCGGCAACGGCAUCACGCGUCUGAUACCAACGCACACGGACUUUGCCGCCCACACCCUCUUCGGACUGGACUACGGUAAUUAAGUCAGCCAGCCACACACUACUUGCUGUCUCUCUCAGUUGGUCACGGGUCAUAUGCCGUGGUGUUGUGUUGAUAUGGUGUGUGUGGCCUGAUUGAUGGAUGGAUGCAGAGAAUGAUAGCACGUCGGCCGACGGCACCAACGCCAACACCGACGGCACCAACGCCAACACCGACGGCACCAACGCCAACACCCAGGGCACGACUCAGGUCAUGACCACCCUCACUUCGCCUUUCCUUGAGGCCUUUCUGAGGGUCAGCCAGGCCGCCAACACACCCGACAGCCCCAACCAGCAGCCCAACCAGCCGCCCCACCCGAGAGCCCCGGCGGAGGAGGCCAACAACCCACCCACACACAACUCCCACCCCCCCAACAACCGCCCUCCUGCCACAGCGAGCGACGGCAGCAGUGCCACCGCCGGACCCGUCGCGCCCACCGUGCAGGACAGCCAGCCUGCCAACGAGGGCCGUGACGAGGGUCGGGAGGCCGUAGUCAGGGUUGGUGAGCACAGAGGAGAGGGGGGAAGGGAGAGCGAGGAUAGUGAGAGCGACAUGUCGGAGGGUUGGGAGAGUGAGGAGAGUGAUAGCGAAGUGUCAGAGAGUGAGGAGAGUGAGUUUAGCAGUGAGGAGAGCGACAGCGACGUGUCGGAGGGUUGGGAGAGUGAGGAUAGCGACAGCGAAGUGUCGGAGGGUUGGGAGAGUGAGGAUAGCAGUGAGGAUAGUGAGAGCGACGUGUGGGAGACAGAGUCAGCCCCCUCCGGCUACAAGCACCACCCCGACGAGUGCUUCCCGUCCCCCAAGGACGCCUUCAACGCCUAGUAAGCCAAAACGCACACCUCACUGACACACCAUCAAAAACACCUUCUAUGGAUGUGUGUGUGUCUCCCCUGUCUGUCUGUCUGCCUUGUCAUGCAGCGUCAAGCAGGCUGCGUUUGAGCGUUCCCUGUCGCCGGAGGGCCGUCACGAGUCGCCCCAGCAGCGCUACGAGCAGAGCGUCCCUGCGGAGGAGGACCGCCUCAUCAUCGAGGCGGGCCUCAGCCGCGAGAGCUUCGACUCGAUGUAAGGGGGCGGGAGUCAGUCUUUCACUGGCCUGCAAACACACGAGACACCCCCACAUCCAUGUGUGUGUGUGUUUUUGUGUGUGUCUCUCCUGUGUGUGUGUGCAGGGUGUUGUUGGGGGCGUACGCUCUCUGGGAGAGAUAGAAGGCCGCAGGCCGCUCCGAGCAGUCGUCGGAGCACUACUACUAUGCUGUCCUGGCUGCCGAGAGGGAGGCACUCGCGAUAAGCUACAUCAAGAAGAUCCAGCGCAGCCGCCUGGCCUCCCGCACCUCCCGCACCCCAACAAGUGCCUGAUGUGUCCCUCCGUCAGUGGGUCGGUGGUGUGGAUGGGCCGUAGACCAGUGGACCAGUAGAGUUGGUUGGUUGCCGAGCAGACGGU